UCUCUAUAAUAUCAAUGCUUCUGAGCGCUUUCGUUUCGUUCGGCACGCAUUCUCCUUGUCGAAGCACAUGAAUCCAACUUCGCUCGCGACAGAGUAAGAAUACCAAUCGACCCAGUUUCUCCUUUCGGUUCCCCGCUUCGUUUUCGGCGUUAUUUCUUGGGAGGGACUCUGUUUCCCGUAGUCUCCUUCCCCUGUUUCCGCACGCCGUGUGACAAGCUCGAUCCUUUUUAGUUUGGUGGGUUUGGCCUAAUUCGAUUGGCGUGGUAGUGUGGAUGUGAUUUUGGGUGGUCAUAAUAGUAGUAUAUUAGUAUGGAGAAGGAGCCUCUGCUCCCGUAUCCUAGCCCCAGCAGGAGGCGGCCGUCCCUCUCGUCGCUCCCCGAGGACGACGAGAUCUCCAUCCCUAUUCCCCUCACGCCGUCGGAGCUCAAGGACCGCCUCAUUUUCGGGCCUUUUCCGUCUCCGGAGGACACUUCGCAGAUCGUUGAUGCGUUGACUCUGUCGGCGAGUUCACCCAGACCAUCCUCUUCUCAAGACCAGCUCGCGCCACCGCUCUUUUAUCCGCAAGAGCCUCGCUUGAUUGAUAAUAAUUCCGUGCGCCCGAAAUCCCAUCUGCACCGCUGCAAGACGGCGCCGGCGAUGGCGGUUUUGAAGGACGUUGAUGGCCAACCUGCUCCACCGGAGCCUCGGUCCAGUUCUCAAUCGGUUGUCCGUCAGGCGGUGAUACUUUUAGUUGCUUAUUUGUCAUUCGGUGUGGCUAUUUACUGGUACAACCGUGAUGACUUUGCCGCUAUUGAGACUCACCCUGUUGUGGAUGCUAUGUAUUUUUGCAUUGUCACUAUGUGCACGAUUGGGUAUGGUGAUAUUACGCCAAAUAGCACUGCAACCAAGAUGUUUUCUAUAAUGUUUGUAUUGGUGGGGUUCGGAUUUAUCGAUAUAUUGUUGUCUGCAAUGGUUAGUUAUGUUCUUGAUUUGCAAGAGAGUUACUUGUUGAGGGCGGCACAGGAUAGGAAGGAAAACAAGGAUUCUGGAGGAUCCUAUUUAAUCGAUUUGAAAAAGGGGAGGAUGAGGAUAAGGAUGAAAGUGGCACUGGCCUUAGGCGUUGUGGUUAUUUGUAUUGGAAUUGGUGUGGCUGCGAUGCACUUUGUUGAGAGGCUUGGCUGGUUGGAUUCCUUUUACUUCUCAGUGAUGUCUGUCACCACAGUCGGGUAUGGAGACCGUGCAUUCACAUCAUUGCCUGGUCGUAUUUUUGCUUCCAUCUGGUUAUUGGUAUCGACACUGGCGGUUGCGCGGGCUUUUCUCUAUUUGGCUGAGGCAAGAGUUGAUAAGCGACAAAGGAGGAUUGCAAAGUGGGUGCUCGGUCAUGAUAUGACCAUAGCCGAGUUCCUGGCAGCCGACAUCGACAACAAUGGCUUUGUUAGUAAAUCCGAAUAUGUCAUAUACAAGCUUAAGGAAAUGGGGAAGGUAUCAGAGAAAGACAUACUGCAGAUCUGCAACAAGUUUGACAGACUGGACACUGGCAAUUGCGGGAAGAUCAGUCUUGCUGAUCUCUUGGAAAGUCACCAUCGACGCGCUGUUCCUAGCUGACCAGCUGAUCGAGCAAAACAAGACAUAAGGCAAGAGAAAUCUUGGAAUCCCAAUCAGUGGUAAUUCGAUAUUAAGGGCCUAAUCAAGUCUUAGAAGAUGGUGCUUCUUCCCAGUUCAUAUGCUCAUCGACGAGUUACCAGUUUGGCUUCGCCAUCAUUGAAGAUUAUGAGGGCUAGUUGCUCUUAUAACACUGGUAUAUCACAUUGCUGAAUAGGGUUGAAGGAGUGGAGUUGGUCCGUGACAGAAGUUUUGCUUUUACUUGGAUUAAGGAGUAGUUUCCGUAGGAUUGGUGACGGAUGGGUACAUUUUCUAUCUGUAUAGGUUUUGUUCGAUUCAUUCUUUCUAGAAGCUUAUAUACAUGCGCCGUUCUUCUUCUUCUUCUUCUUCGAGUAAUGCUAAGUAUACUAGGUAUCACGAUGCAAGUCGGGUUUCAGACAGGCAAACCAUAUUGAAUACCCAGAGUUUGCUUCAGUUACUUCUGUAAACUAACUUAGUAUACAUAGCAUCAUUCCCUUGUUUUCUUUCCAAUAUUGCGUUGGGUUA